AUGAUUGAAGAGAAAGGUGGCUACUCUGCAACUGAAAUCAAUGAUGACAAACCAACUACUGGAGUUGUCAUUGACAACACCGACCAGCUGAAGCGACACCUUGGUAACCGUCAGAUCCAAUUGAUCGCUAUCGGUGGUUCCAUUGGAACAGCGACCUUCGUGAGUAUUACGUCCGGCCUGACCAAGGGUGGCCCUGGCAGCUUGUUUCUGGCAUACACCAUCUACUCAUGUAUGAUGGGUCUGGUCAACAAUUCCAUGGCCGAAAUGGCUGUCUUCAUGCCCAUCAGUGGCGCUUUCAUUCGCAUGGCAGGCCACUGGGUCGAUGAAGCUUUUGGCUUCUGGGCUGGUUGGAACUUUUUCAUUUAUGAAGCACUCCUUAUUCCAUUCGAGAUUUCGGCGUUGAACCUGGUCUUGACAUUCUGGCGGGAUGAUAUUCCCGUCGAGGCAGUAGUAGCUGCCUGUAUCGUCAUCUACUUUGUUCUUAACGCGUUUACAGUCAAGUGGUAUGGUGAAGCAGAGUUUUGGCUUGCAACUGGAAAAGUGCUGCUGAUUCUCAUCGUCUUUCUCUUCACAUUUAUCACCAUGGUCGGUGGCAAUCCCAAGCACGAUGCCUAUGGGUUCCGCUAUUGGAAAACCCCCGGCUCAUUUGCCGAAUACAUUUCAACGGGGCCUUUAGGUCGCUUUGAAGGCUUCCUAGGAGCUGUAUGGAGUGCAUCGUUCACCGUCGUCGGCCCGGAAUACAUGUCAAUGGUAGCGGGAGAAACCAAGCUGCCUCGACGCUACCUCAAGACAGCCUUCAAAACCACUUAUGCUCGUUUUGCCUUCUUCUUUAUCGGCAGUGCCCUAUGCGUGGGCAUCGUCAUUCCAUACAACGACAAGACACUACUAGAUAUCCUCAGCGGCUCCUCGAGUGGCUCGGGAACGGCAGCUGCAUCUCCAUAUGUCAUCGCCAUGAACAACCUGGGAAUUACUGUGUUGCCUCACAUCACCAAUGCUCUAUUGGUGACGAGUAUUUUCUCUGCAGGCAAUGCCUACACAUACUACGGCACUCGCAGCCUUUAUGGCUUGGCUCUACAAGGCCAGGCACCCAAAGUCCUUCAACGUUGCACUAAAGCCGGUGUCCCGAUCUACUGCCUCUGCAUUGUCAUUGUCUUCCCCUUCCUCGCCUUCUUGAACGUAUCCAGUGGUUCUGCUCAGGUUCUCACCUGGCUCACCAACAUCAUCACCGCCGCUCAGGUCAUUGACUACAUUAUCAUUUGCGUGACCUACCUCUUCUUCUAUCGUGCUCUCCGCGCGCAAGGGUAUGACCGACGUACUCUACCUUACUACGGUUACUUCCAGCCCUACUCUGCCUGGAUCGGCCUGAUUUGGAUGACCUGUGUCGUAUGCUGCUACGGCUAUUCUACUUUCCUUCCAGGAAAGUUCACCGUGGGCGGUUUCUUCACUUAUUAUACCAUGGUCCUAGCUGCCCCAGUCUUGUUCUUUGGAUGGAAGUUCUUCAAGCGCACCAAGUUUAUCAAGGCCCAUGAAGCCGAUUUGAUCUGGGACCGACCGGUCAUUGAUGCGUAUGAGGCGACUUUCACUGAGUACACACCAGGCUUCUGGACUGAGAUUCUGCAGAUGUUUGGACUGCGGAGGAAGAAGAAGAUUAUUCAAGAAGCUUGA